UCUAGAACAAUUUAUAAACAACAUCCUACUUUCCUUUUUCCGUUUUGUGCUCUAUGCCUUUUGUAUUAAACAUAAUAUGACAAAUUCAUAAGUAGCUGACUGUUGAAUCAAGUGUUGCCUCACCUCAACUAACAAAAUUUUGUUCUCACUCAUUUGCAAACAUUCACAAUUAAAUACAACUGCUUGACUGUCACUCUCUGUUUGUUUCUCUCUUAGUUUCAAAAUUAUCUCUUCUUUUCAAAAAAUUUUCUAUCAUUAUACUCUUUAUCGUAUUUUCAAUUGAUAUCUACCUGCAUAUAUUGCAUAUAAGUUAUAACCAACAACUAUAUGAAUUAUAACUGCUCUAAAGUAUUUUAGAGUGUGCUUCUUUCUGAAUUUAUGAUCUUCUCACUAAUUAUACACACACACACAAACAUAUACAUACAUAGUUUAUUAAUGUAUUCAAAGCUGAGAGAGAAAGAGACAGAAAGAGAACCACAUGUAUAUAUAUGUAUAUAUAUCUUAACAAGUGCAGAUUUACAAGAUAUAUAUAAAAAAGAGGGGAACAAGAAAGCAAGGGACAAAUUGUUGGAGACAGAAAUUUUGUAAAUACAGUUAAACAGACGAAAGUACAGAAAUCAAUGACACUCAUCUCUAAGAACAUUUCAUAUAGAAAUUCCAAUCAACUUCAUUUACAAAAGAUCUUAAUAAACAAAAACAAAAAGGAAAAUUAGUAUUUGUCAAGAAGAUCCACUUCAUUCCAUCUACCACCAUGUUACUUAAUUUCUGUUGGUGUAUUUUAGUCUUCGUCUGUCUUCAUUUUGCAAAUAUCCAGGCCACAAGUUGGGAUGUAAAAGUUUGUUAUGAUGUGGCUUACCAUUCUUCAGUUCGCAUUACAUUGAACAAUGACUAUAAAGACUUAUCAUAUGACAGCAAUCAAAAAUGCUUCUACGGCAAUUUUGAAUUAAACAGCGGAGAUAUGCCAAGUUUUAUUAAAGUUGAUCAGAAUUAUGGCUAUAAGGCACAUGUUGAAAAUCCAGAUCUUCCAGCAAAGUAUGUCGGCAACUGCUCAUCAGCUUGUAACUACAAGAAGGUGAAUUUAGAAAAAUGGGUACGUUGGAACAUUGCAGCUUUAUUCAGUGAGAUGAAUUACUUUCCUGAUCAGUUUUUCAAAAUAAAACCUGAUGUGAUACGCUAUAUAAAAUUUAGAACAAAUUCUAGAACAUCAAAUACAUCAUUCUUCCUUCCAAAGGAAAUGAAUACAGAUUCAACAAUAGAGUUAUCGACUAUUGACCAUGGAAAAUUUUGGUUAGACACAAUUGUCACACUGAAGAACAUGGAAACUUCCAAAAUAUAUUCCUGUCUAUAUCUUAAUUAUACUUCUCAAAUUCCUUUCCACGAGUGUUCAUUGAUAAAUGAUACUGUGUGGAAAAUAGAACUAACUUCUCGCCAAGAACUAAUUGGAGAUAUAAAAGAAGUACAAAUGUUUGUUAGAGUGACUGGCAGAGAAACAAACAUUUCACGAAGUCUGAUGUUCAAAAAGUUAGCUUAUCUCCCAACAUUUUCUGCUUUUACCAAUAUUGGAAAUAUAAACAUUGGUGAGAUUGAAAUAUCCUUUGGAAACAAAAACAAAUAUUUUGACAUAUCCAAAAUUGUCAUGACAAGAAUACUUACUGGUGAAGAAUAUGGUUGUGCUAACAUAGACAAGACAAAUUCUCCUGAAUAUUCUUGUAAACUCCUGAACAGCAAAGAUUGGGUGUUGAAAGUUAUUUCUCCUGAAGAACAUGAACGAAAUUUCACCGUAGAAAUAAAUCAAGACGGGUUAUCUUCUUCCUCUAGAAAGUUGUUUUGGAAACAUCUAGCUAUAUAUGGAGAUUACUAUGUUAAAUAUUUUAAUCUGAAGACAUAUGAAGACAGUGAAAUCACAAGCCUAAGAUUCAAUUUCUUUGAUAAAUCUCUGAGGAUCAGUGAAAUAAGUUUGAUCAACAAUUUCACAGAGUAUAAAUUCAAAACAACUGGAGGAAGCAAAACUCAGGAUAACUUGAUGCCAGAAUUUAUCCCAAUAACAAAAGGGAAACAAGAUGAAGAAGAGAAACAAGAGAAAAUACAUUCUACCAAAACAAUUCCCAUCAUGGGAACAGUUAUUGGCAUCUUAUUUUUGAUAAUCAUCAUUUUCAGUAUCAGAUGUAUGAUGCUCAGAAAUAGAAGAAGCAGAAGUAAUGCAUCAACACUUCAAGAUGUGGAUGAAGAUAACUGUAUUUCUAUGCAAAAUAGUACUCCAGUUCAUAUCAGUGAACCCAGUCGAAGAUUAACAUCUUCACAGCCUAACUCUCUAGACGUUAAUGAAGAUACAUAUUGCACCAUACCAGAACAUCCUAUUUAG